GCGGAAACGCCAAUCCAUCCUGGGCUAAUACCUUACCUACUAUGUUUGAGUAUUUACUGCCCCACACCCACAGCAGCCCCCGCUGGCAUCCAAUGUCCAUCGUUGAGGCCCGUCUGGUUCCGUUCCAUUAGAAUUCAGAGAAAAGAGUAAAAUUGGAACAUCCAUGUAGACCACUGACCAACGCAAAACAAAAGAGAGGAGCAAUCCAGGUCUAAGUUUCUAGAAGGGUUCUUAUCACUUGGGUAUUCACCAUUUCACACCAUUCUUUCCCGCCUUACUAGCACACUCCCAUCUGCCUUUCGCCUAUAGGUGGCUCCCCCCCUUUCGAGGUCGCUCUUGGAUUGAUCGCAUCGCAUUCUUUCCCACAUCUUCUCCUGGAUCUUUGGGUGGUUUCUUUCUUUUUCUUUGCUUCCACUAUUGACUGCUGCUGAGAGCACUGACGACUCCCCUUCCCCCCUUUCCUGUCUUGUCCUGUCUUACUCGUCUUCCACCUCCACAGCCGCUAUCAACGACCAGCCGUUCACCACAAACUUGCUGCUUCUCUCCUCCGCCCCUCCAUCGCAGCGAAUCUGUUCCCUCUUUCUCUCAAAUUCUCUCUUGAGUCUUUGAGCACCGCGGCUUCCGCUUCCUCUCAAUUUUCGGCGCACACACACUUCUCCGCGCAGGACUUUUAGACAUCACUCGCUCUUCUCCAGAUUUUGCCAGAGUUCUAGCUUCGUAUGAACUUUGCGCCUUAUCCGACCGCACUUCGGAGUACUCGCCACAUCUGCUCUUCUCUGCGGCUUUCAUUUACCUUGAUCCGACGACCGUUCUCUCAUUUCGCGAUUGCAUUAAUACCAUGAUCAGCCGUCUCUCGCUUUUGAACUUUAUCUAAUCAUACCCCAUCACCGCUUCGCGGGCAACCAAAAACAACGAGGGCGCGGGGACAAAGCGGGAAAACUCCCAGACUUCGAGUUUCCAGUUUUUUCUCUGGCGCCCGGUUAGAUACGCAUCGCCAGUAACUUGGAUGCUAUCUUUACUCCUGUGCCACUCCUCUAUUUGACCUCAGACUGGUUUCCGCUCUGUCGAUUCUCCGGCGCGUAUUCACGCUCUUAAUAAUAAGCCACCAUGUUUCGCAACAGACGGAACUCUCAGAAGCCCAAUGAGGAGCUGAUUCAGCGAUUCCAGAAGAUAUUUCCAGAUGUUGUCGUUCCCUCAGCUACGCUCAACGAUGCCGCGGCAACGCUCCACCCCCAUUUCCCAAUGGGACAUAUGACCCCCUCCAAGUUCGUCGUGGACACGGAAAUGAAACUCGAUCCCGCCAUGCCGGCACCGACGCAAGAUCAGUUCAUGGCCCCCAUGGUCGAUCCAAACUCUGUUCAAUUUAUCAACCCGCUCAAUCAGUACCAUGGUUACUAUACUCCGAACUCAGGAGGGUUGGGUGCUGUGUAUCACAGCCCUGCUGGUGACCUUCAUACGCCUGGGAUGGGUAUGAACGUGAUGACUCCCGUCUCUCUUUCACAGCAGGCUGGAGUUCCGCAGAAUAAUACGGGAAUGCCUCUUGAUCCCUUCCACCCGCAACUUAUGCCGCCACACUUUCAGAACCCACAGCCGUUUGCGCCACACGCAGCAUUUGCACCCAGUGCAUUUGUCCAGAGCGAUACAGGUUUUGAUGUGGUAGAUGAGUCACUUGAUGAAGGGUCCUUAAAUGAUGUGGAUAUGCAAAGCAGCGCUCAGACACAUAUGACGACGGCGAACCGAGAUUCUGAGCAGCAGGACUCUCAACCUGGUGAAAGCUUUAGAUAUCACGUCACGUUGCGAGCGCCGACCGCUAUGAUAAAUCACCAAAACGAAAUUCCAGUUACAUACCUAAAUAAGGGACAAGCUUACUCCAUGUCCGUUGUCGAUACCGAGUCGUUACCGUCAAGCUCCCCAUCCGUGAGAUACAGAACCUACGUCCGAGUGUCAUUCCAAGAAGAGGAACAAAGAUCGAAACCCGCCGCAUGCUGGCAGCUAUGGAAGGAAGGUCGAGGCACUAGUGAGGCUCACCAAAGAGGCGGGAAGCUGCAAGCUGUCGAGUACGUGGAUCCUAUCCAAGGAAGUAUAGAGGACCAAAAGAAUCGUCAGAUCCAACUGGAGAGUUCCUCGUUCGAUGGGUUUUGUGUUACGUGGUCUCCUAAUCCGACAACGGGCGCAUCGGAAUGUGCCAUCUCUGUUCGAUUCAACUUCUUGUCUACCGACUUUAGCCACUCCAAGGGCGUGAAAGGCAUCCCAGUUAGAUUAUGCGCAAAGACGGAAAUGAUCACUGGCGAUUCUCCCAGCUCAGAUGAUAGCAAAGAAGCCGAAGUAUGCUACUGCAAAGUGAAGCUCUUCCGUGAUCAUGGGGCUGAACGAAAAUUGUCAAACGAUGUGGCACACGUCAAAAAGACCAUCGAAAAGCUUCGUCAGCAAAUCCAACAGAGUGAGUUGGGCCCUGGCGGCUUUGGUAAAAGGAAGCGCAGCAGUGCCACAGUCGCCUUCAAAGGUCCCGACCAACGUCCAUCAAAGAUGUUUAAGCACAAGAGGACAUUGUCUAUAAGCUCUCAGGAUGGCCCAGGUAAAAUGAGUACUGGCGAUGAUCUGCACGAGAAGCUUGUGCUUCUGCAAGACAUGUUUUCAUCGACCAGGCCUAUAAGCAUCCUCGGUCUUCGAGGCGACGAAUAUGAUGACCCAGACGCGUAUCCCGUGCAGCUUCCGGAAACUCGAGAUUUCUCUAAGAAGGAAUUCCCUGGGGGACGUCAAUUCAGCAUUGACCGAAGCGCCCUGCAAGAGGCAUCGCCAACCAGCAGCCACAUGUCGAUUAACUCCCCAAUCCACCCACAAAACGUCAUGCAAGCGAACGCCUUUUAUGACUCCGAAUUUUCGCGGCAGUCAUCCGAAAUACCAGACAACAAGCAUAUUUUAAAACAUCCCGUCAAGGUUCAAAGGGUCCCGUCAAAGAAUGGCAACACGAUGGGUUAUAUAGAGGCGGUGGAUAUUGACCCAACCUACCGGCCACCGGCCGAACGGCAGCCCAGACCCAUUGCAUGCUUCUACGUUCGCUUUCCAAAAAAUGACCAGCAACAGGAUGAUUAUUACCGUGCGGUUUACCUUACAGAACGGACUGUUCGUGACUUGAUGGAGAAGAUAUCUAUGAAACAACGCAUAGAUCCGCAACGUAUCAUGCGUGUACUUCUCGUGAAAGAGAACGGCCUUCGGAUCAUGGUCGAUGAUGAUGUGGUCCGCGAACUUCCAGACGGACAAGACAUGGUGGUUGAGAUAUCGGAAGCAUCGACAUUUGAUGCCGUGAUGGGCGGCGGCGCAAAUACCCCUCCCCCGGUCGAAGUCAAAUUGAGAUACUAGCAAUCUCUCUUUCAGCUACAGUUACACUUUCACUUCACCUUCGGAGCGAAAGAUACCCUCAUGAUUUUCAUCCAGAUACGCCUGGUGCGUUUGAAGGCUUGGAUUUGAUGCUAAACGGCCUCUCGAGCAUUGUGCUUUUUCUUUACCCGGUGUUCAGGUUCAUUUUCAUCUUUUCGAUGCGGUCACUUAGGGGCGUUGGAUACGGGGAUAAUAAACGAGUUCCCGGGCAAUGAUACCCUGUUUUCUACGAAGGCAUUUCACUUGGAUGCUUUUUUUUUUUUUUCCUCUUUUUUU